GCCACACGCAAUUCAGGGUCGAAAAGGUCAAAGUGAGUCCUGACCACAAGUUGCUCGCGUACUCGGUGGACUUAACGGGCUUCGAAACGUACGACGUUUUUAUCAAGGAUUUGACCACCAACACCAUAACCAAGGCUGUGGAAGGGUGCGAUGGCACGAUCGAGUGGGGUUGGGACGCUGAGACUCUGUUUUAUGUGACGCCGGACGCCACCAGCCGCAGACACAAGGUGUGGUCGCAUCUGGUGGGCGCUCCGAAGUCGGCUGACACGAGUAACAUUCCUACGACGAGGAAACGCCAACAAACGCCGAAGAACGAUCGCGGUCGCGUGACCGGAUCGAGGGGCCGCGAGGACGCGCCGCUCGUCGCACCGUUGAGAACCCGUUCAGAUCUCCCCGACGAUGACAGCCACCUGCUGUUGACGAGUGGCAACCGCCACGUGGUGGGUUUUACACCCCCGCCACAACCCGAGGAACACCAGCUGUCGCAGCAUGGCGCUUCAGUGCCGUUGCCAGCCGACAACGACCCGUCGGACGUCCGUGACGAUACGGACAUGGGCAGCGAUGGCGGUUACGGCCGUACGGCGCCGCAAGUUUGGAACGCGCCGGCGCUCCCGCAGCCGCCAACAUUUUCGGGCUCGACCAAGGCCGAAAGAGGCAAUUUUAUGCGCGAGUACCAGAAGUAUCUGGGGCAGAUCAACGCUCUGCAGUUGUAG